AUGGACGCCAAUUGGAUGCAAAAGUGUGAAGUAAUGUCCUUUGAAGACUCAUUUCCUUUAUCAUGCCAUCUUUCUCCAAUCCCUUUUAGAUCAACAAGCUACAGUAAUUAUUCUGGAUUGGAUUGGAAUUGCAAUUUUGGGUUGCAAGACAACAUUUUUGAGGUUGUUCCUUUGUUAGAAAGUUUCCCAAAUGAUGACUCCUUUUUGGAACCCAAGGAUGUACUGCCAGUUAACACCUAUAUAUCAGAAAAUGGGGUUGGGAUCAAUUGGAGUGAAAUGGAAAGUGGGAUUUUUGGGAUUGUUGAGGAAGAGCCUGUUUUAUUGCUAGAAGGAGGGGAUGGUAGAGGAAAUGAAGAAAACAGAGAAACGAUGAAGAAGGGGAAAAGAAAGUAUUUGAAGUCAGAAAAUAGCAACAACAAAGGGAGUUAUUCAACAUCAUCGUCAUCAAAAAUGUUGUCUAGAGAAGCAAUAUCUGAAUAUUUCUACAUGCCCAUAACUCAAGCUGCUAAAGAGCUUAAUGUGGGACUCACUCUUUUGAAGAAGAGAUGUAGAGAAUUGGGUAUAAGAAGAUGGCCACAUAGGAAGUUGAUGAGCCUACAAACCCUAAUCAAGAAUGUCAAGGAGAUUCAAAAGGGAGAGGAAGAUGGAAAUGGAGAAAAUAAGUUGAAGAAUGUAUUGGAAAUAUUAGAGACUGAGAAGAAGUUGAUGGAGGAGAGACCAGAUUUGCAAUUAGAGGACAACACAAAGAGGCUUAGACAAGCUUGUUUCAAAGCCAACUACAAGAAGAAAAAGCUCUCUGGAAUAAUGAUCAAUAAUAAUGAACAUGAUUCUCAAUAUUUCUCUUCCUCCACCACCACCACCAUUCACGAUCAUGAGGAAGAAUAUGAUGAUGAAGAAAUGAAAUAUCUCUUGUCAGAUUGCUCCUUUUCCUCAAGUAACACCCUCUUCAUGUAA